AUGCAGGUCAAGUCGAUUAAGAUGAGAUGGGAAACUGGUGGUGUCAAUUACUGCUAUUUGUUGUCCAACAACAAUAACAGUAAAUAUUGGUUGAUUGACCCAGCAGAGCCUUCAGAAGUCCUCCCCGAGUUGACGGAUAAUGAAAAGAAAAGCAUCCAAGCGGUUGUAAACACGCAUCACCAUUACGAUCAUGCUGGUGGUAACGCUGAUAUUUUGAAGUACCUAAUAGGAAGAUAUCCAGAUUCAAAAGUUGCUGUUAUCGGAGGAUCAAACGAUUGCCCAAAGGUCACAGAUAUUCCCGAACAUCUGCAAAAGCUAAAUCUAGGUGAUUUAGAAGUUAUCUGUAUCCGAACGCCUUGCCAUACGAGGGACUCUAUUUGUUAUUACGUAAGAGACCCCGAAACAGACGAGCGCUGUAUAUUCACUGGUGAUACACUCUUCACCGCCGGUUGUGGUAGAUUCUUUGAAGGUACAGGCGAAGAAAUGGAUGUUGCUCUAAACAAAUCUAUCCUGGAAACGGUAGGUAAGGAAAAUUGGGGCAAAACAAAAGUUUACCCAGGACACGAAUACACCAAAAGUAACGUUAAGUUUGUUCGUAAGAUUUACCCACAAGUUGGUGAAAACAAAGCGCUGGAUAAAUUAGAGCAAUUCUGUUCUAAGCACGAGGUCACUGCAGGGCAUUUCACCUUGAAGGACGAAGUGGAUUUCAACCCCUUUAUGAGGUUAGAUGACCCGACGGUUCAAAAAGCCGUCGGAGAUGCAAGUGCUUCGUGGGACAGAGGUAAAAUUAUGGAUAAGUUGAGAGCAAUGAAGAAUCGUAUGUAA